UUUUUUUUCUCCUCGACUUUGCAAUUUAGCAGCUUCAUGCUCAACCCCGCCUAUUUUAAGCGAAAAUCAGCAGCAAUCAACGAUGAAAAUGUGGUAGAAGACAGUUACGCGCCACCCAUCCCUUACUUGAGCUACCCACAAAAAGAGCCAUGUCAAACCAUCACCGACGCGCGUUUCCCAAACGAGCUUGACUGGGCACACUAUAAUGCUAAACUGGAAGCUCUACCACGUACACCUAAUCGUUUCAGUUUGAAUUCUCAAUUUUGGAACAACCAUCAAGCCCUUCGUCACAGGGAAAUGUUUGACCCGUUAGCAUUGCGAAGAAAAAUACAAUUGUCAGGAGACCCAUUUCUAAGCUUGUUUUCAACACACGAACGGUAUCGAUAUAGGAUAUUGAACGACGAGGGCGAACCGUGCCCACCAUUUUCGUGCGAGUAUAACCAUGUCAAGAGAGAUGGAAAACUACUAGCAGUAGCAGACGAAGCAGGGAAGAUAUCUAUUUUGGAGACCGACAAAGAUGCCUACGUUGAACAUGAAACCGCGAGAAAACAGUUCUAUGCUCAUGGAAACGCCGUCAUCGAUGUAAAGUGGAGCAAGGAUGACGAACAUUUGCUGACGGCAUCUGGAGAUCGAACUGCACGUUUAUGGGACGCUGAGACACACGAGUGCAUUUCAGUUAUGGCAGGUCAUGACUUGACAUUGAAGUGCGCGAACUUCCAUCCUACAAAUAAGAACUUGAUUGUGACUGGCUCGAAGGAUGGAGCCAUAAAGUUAUGGGACACUAGAGUAUGUGGUGCACGCACUGCUGGUUCAGAAAUGACUCAUAACGCAAUCAAAACGAUACAAUAUGCACAUGAUGAAAAUCGGACGAAGAAGCGAAGAAGGACAUUACCUACCAAAUCAAAGCCGCAGCCCCUUGAACGAUCGGUCACUGCCGCAUUCUACCUGCCAUACAAAGACAAUAUCAUUGCUUCCUCUGGCAGCUAUGACGGACAAAUCAAGUUUUGGGACUGUAGAGCAGGACGAGAUGCUCAAUGCGUGGAAUCAUCUGGAUACGACGGAGAUUCGGCUAGACCUAGAGGAAUCCUGAAUAUGAUUAUGGACAACGCCGGCACUCGACUAUUUACCCUUUGCACUGACAACCACGUUUAUGAGCGAAACAUCACAGACAUCCGCUUUUCGCAACAGCGUUAUACCAACUCGGAUUUCCUGACUGGCUCAGGUUUCUAUGUACAAAUGUCAAUAUCACCCGAUGAUCGAUACCUCCUGACCGGAUCCAGAGAAAAGACGGCGUUCGUGUGGCAGGUUGGACGUCCACAAGAAUGUCACCAAUUCACUGGACAUGAAGCCGAAGUUUCAGCAGUCGACUGGUGCAAGCGUGAUGUGGGUCAACUUGCAACGUGCUCCGACGAUUUCACUGUCGCCAUCUGGAACCUUGACUAUUCUGAUGACGGUUACUAAAAUGCUUCCUCCCAACAAACACUUUGACCUAAUAUCCUAUUAUCCUAUAAUGACUUGUACAUAAAGAGACGUUCUUGCACUGUAAUACUU